GGCCGUUGUUCCAGGGAGAACUGUAAGUACCUGCACCCUCCUGGCCACCUAAAGACCCAGCUGGAGAUCAACGGCAGGAACAACCUCAUCCAACAGAAGAACAUGGCCAUGCUGGCCCAACAGAUGCAGCUCGCAAACGCCAUGAUGCCCGGCACACAGCUACAGCCUAUGGUGAGACAGCACACAGAUACAGUAGGCAUGUGAAGUCACACGCAUAAACAAUGGGGAGAGAACACGCACAUGCACAAAUGUGCACACACGCGUAUGUACACACACACACACACACACACACACACACACACACACACACACACACAAACACACACACACACACACACACACACACACACACACACACACACACACACACACACACACACACACACACACACACACACACACACACACACACACACACACACACACGUGAGUGGAACAGAAUAUAACUGAACUGUGACCGAAUCCCAGGACCUGAAACCUCUCUUCAUUUUAUUCAACCUUUGCCAAUCCAGGUUAGUCUCUAUGACCUGGUCCAAGACAGCAACAGGUUCAGUUUACAUCAAGUAAUUACGAGAACACUUACAAUCGGCUGCAUCUCAAAUGACACCCUAUUCCCUAUAUAGUGCUCUACUUCUGACCAUGCAGAGCCCUUAAGCAGUGCACUAUAUAGGGAAUUUGGUAUCAGUUUAGAUAAGCCACAUAACAUUAAAUACAGUACAUUUAACAUUUGACCUACCAGGAAAUAUAACCUCUCACCUUUGACCCGGGUCUCUAUCUGCCCGCCCCCUCCUCCUGCCUGCAGCCUAUGUUCUCUAUGGCACCAGGCCUGGCCACCAAUGCCAGCGCGGCGGCAGCAGCCUUCAACCCGUACCUGGGCCCGGUAUCGCCUGGCCUGAUGCAGGCAGAGAUCAUGCCCAGCCCACAGGUCCUCAUGGCGGGCCACCCCAACCACGGCCAGGUCCCCAAUGCUGCAGCCGCAGCUGCACAGAAACUAAUGAGGACAGACAGACUGGAGGUAAGAGAUUCGGACGGACAGACACUCAGCCCCCCCUACCCUUGCUCCAGCAGCCUGUGCUGAUUCUAGACCAGUGCCUUAGACCGAGUGGUGCAGCGGUCUAAGGCACUGCAUCUCAGUGCUUGAGGUGUCACUACAGACCUUCAUGGUUCGAUUCCAGGCUGUAUCACAACCGGCCGUGAUUAGGAGUCCCAUAGGGCGGUGCACAAUUGGCCCAGCGUCCGGGUUUGGCCGGUGUAGGCCGUCAUUGUAAAUAAGAAUUUGUUCUUAACUGACUUGCCUAGUUAAAUGAAGAAAAUAUAAAAUAAAAAACAACAUGCUGUGUUAACGUAAAGCCAGUGCUGCCCUCUGCUGCCUUUCAAAUGCCAUGUCCAAGACACAGUGACUUUGCUCAAUGCCUAUGACUGUAACCACGUUUCCAUCUACAGUUUUUAUGCGAGUAAAGUCUUACCGUAUAAAAAAAUAUCACGAAAGUUGUGAUGAAAACAGGAAGUUUUGGUGCAAUUUUAUAAAUGCAGACAGAUCCCCUUUAAAAAAACAAACAUCUUUACCUCUUUUUUGUCGGCAUUCACCUUUUAUAUAGCUGUUACUUAUGCGGCAACUGAGCAAGAGACAUUCUAAUUUGACCCUGUUGUUGCCACCGUUGUAACCUGAUGCACCAAGCAGCACUGGUCAAGCUCUAAAUUCCUCCGAUAGGACAGAAUGCAUUGCACUGCUUUCAUUUCUUCACAUUCACAAACAGUAAGUUAGCAGCUCUCCAUACUUGUAAAUCAUUUGUAAAUAAAUACCUUGUAAUGUGUUAGUUUUCCUGUUAUGGUGAAUAAAAAGUUGGCUGCAGUUAGGGCCGGGACAAUACUCAUUAGUAUCGUGGCAAGGAAACAAAACACGAAGCGUAUUUAACUUCUUUAUGAAAACAGACCUAAUGUUGCAAACAAACAUUAUGUUGCAAGUAACCUAUACGCAGCCAAGACCGAAAGAUAAAAGCGGUCAGAGACCACCCCCUCAAGAGUCUGAGCCUGCCUGGCAGGGUUGGUCCAACAAAGCCAAAGCCACCGGGUGGGUGAGCAUAAUAUACAAGGACUUUCUCAAAGCUGCUAAUGAGAACUUUGACGACCUUGUACCUGCAACACUAUCUGCAGUAACCCAUUGGGAGGGGGUCACACUCGGACUAUCAGAGAGGGGGCAAAUUAUUCAAAAGGUCUGACUGCUCAGAGAUGCUUGGGAAAAUGGUUACAACGAGGAACCAGUGUGUGUGUGUGUGUUUCAGGGGAAAGGGGUGUAUCUGAGCUCCAUCAGCUAGGACUUGACAUUGGUUAAUCAAAUCUCAAUGUUGCAUGCCUUCUCAAACAGCUACACCUGUAUAUGCAUUCGCAUAUCAAGUAUUCUCUUGAGUUGGGCUCGGAGAUGGAACAAGUGUUGAACAUCUGAGCUUGUGGUUGUUUGUGGGGGAAGGGUUGCGAGAGUGUGUGUAUAUAUUCCACAUCUGUUGCUAUGUGGUUAAUGAUUUAGUACUUUAAGCAUAUGUUUUCGUUUCAGUCUCCUCCAUCUCCACUAACCGAAGUUAAUUGUAAGGAUUUUUGUUCUAUUAAUAAUGUAAAAUUAACAACUGUACAGAAAGACUCAUGUGAAAGCCAAAUUACAGAGGAGGAACUUCUUGAUGCAAUUAAAGCCUUUAAGUCCGGGAAAACUCCAGGGCUGGAUGGCAUACCAGUUGAAUUAUAUCAAACCUUUUUUGAUGUACUCAGAGGACCGUUAUUAGCAUGUUUUAACCACACCUAUAAAAUGGUAGAUUAUCAGAUACUCAACAAAGUCUGAUUUCACUAUUACUGAAACAGGACCUAGGUGGUAAAUAUAAAGAUACAGUCCAUUAAAAAAAUUGGAGGCCCCUUACACUUCAGUGUUGUGAUGCAAAUAUUCUAGCAAAAUGCAUAGUGCAUAGAAUCAAAAAGAUAUUGUCAGAUAUUAUUCAUCCUAAUCAGACAGGUUUUUUACAUGGACAAUACAUUGGAGAUAAUAUGAGACAAGUACUGUAAACAAUAGAACACUAUGAAAAAUAAGGGAAACCAGGCCUGGUAUUCAUAGCUGACUUCGAAAGGGCUUUAGAUAAAGUACGACUGGAAUUUAUAUAUAAAUGCCUGGAAUACUCAAUUUUGGAGAAUCUCUUAUACAAUGGGUUAAAGUUACGUAUAGUAACCCUAGGUGUAAAAUAGUAAAUAAUGGCUACUUCUCAGAAAUUAUUAAAUGGUCAAGAGGAGUAAAACAAGGUUGUCCACUAUCGGCAUAUCUAUUUAUUAUGGCCAUCGAAAUGUUAGCUAUUAUAAUCAGGUCCAACAAUAAUAUCAAGGGGCUAGAAAUCAAGUGCUUAAAAACAAAAUGUGCCAUUGUACACUGAUGAUUCAUGUUUUCUUUUAAAUCCACAAUUUGGAUCCCUCCACAGCCUCAUAGAGGAUCUAGAUAAUUGUUCUAACCUCUUUGGAUUACAACCAAAUUAUGAUGAGUAUAUUAUAUUACGUACAGUGGGGAAAAAAAGUAUUUAGUCAGCCACCAAUUGUGCAAGCUCUCCCACUUAAAAAGAUGAGAGAGGCCUGUAAUUUCCAUCAUAGGUACACGUCAACUAUGACAGACACAAUGAGGAAAAAAAAUCCAGAAAAUCACAUUGUAGGAUUUUUAAUGAAUUUAUUUGCAAAUUAUGGUGGAAAAUAAGUAUUUGGUCAAUAACAAAAGUUUCUCAAUACUUUGUUAUAUACCCUUUGUUGGCAAUGACACAGGUCAAACGUUUUCUGUAAGUCUUCACAAGGUUUUCACACACUGUUGCUUGUAUUUUGGCCCAUUCCUCCAUGCAGAUCUCCUCUAGAGCAGUGAUGUUUUGGGGCUGUCGCUGGGCAACACGGACUUUCAACUCCCUCCAAAGAUUUUCUAUGGGGUUGAGAUCUGGAGACUGGCUAGGCCACUCCAGGACCUUGAAAUGCUUCUUACGAAGCCACUCCUUCGUUGCCCGGGCGGUGUGUUUGGGAUCAUUGUCAUGCUGAAAGACCCAGCCACGUUUCAUCUUCAAUGCCCUUGCUGAUGGAAGGAGGUUUUCACUCAAAAUCUCAUGAUACAUGGCCCCAUUCAUUCUUUCCUUUACACGGAUCAGUUGUCCUGGUCCCUUUGCAGAAAAACAGCCCCAAAGCAUGAUGUUUCCACCCCCAUGCUUCACAGUAGGUAUGGUGUUCUUUGGAUGCAACUCAGCAUUCUUUGUCCUCCAAACACGACGAGUUGAGUUUUUACCAAAAAGUUCUAUUUUGGUUUCAUCUGACCAUAUGACAUUCUCCCAAUCCUCUUCUGGAUCAUCCAAAUGCACUCUAGCAAACUUCAGACGGGCCUGGACAUGUACUGGCUUAACCCUCCUGUUAUGUUGUGGGUCAAUUUGGCUUAAGCAGGGGGACACGUCUGGCACUGCAGGAUUUGAGUCCCUGGCGGCGUAGUGUGUUACUGAUGGUAGGCUUUGUUACUUUGGUCCCAGCUCUCUGCAGGUCAUUCACUAGGUCCCCCCGUGUGGUUCUGGGAUUUUUGCUCGCCGUUCUUGUGAUCAUUUUGACCCCACGGGGUGAGAUCUUGCGUGGAGCCCCAGAUCGAGGGAGAUUAUCAGUGGUCUUGUAUGUCUUCCAUUUCCUAAUAAUUGCUCCCACAGUUGAUUUCUUCAAACCAAGCUGCUUACCUAUUGCAGAUUCAGUCUUCCCAGCCUGGUGCAGGUCUACAAUUUUGUUUCUGGUGUCCUUUGACAGCUCUUUGGUCUUGGCCAUAGUGGAGUUUGGAGUGUGACUGUUUGAGGUUGUGGACAGGUGUCUUUUAUACUGAUAACAAGUUCAAACAGGUGCCAUUAAUACAGGUAACGAGUGGAGGACAGAGGAACCUCUUAAAGAAGAAGUUACAGGUCUGUGAGAGCCAGAAAUCUUGCUUGUUUGUAGGUGACCAAAUACUUAUUUUCCACCAUAAUUUGCAAAUAAAUUCAUAAAAAAUCCUACAAUGUGAUUUUCUGGAGAAAAAAAAUCUCAAUUUGUCUGUCAUACUUGACGUGUACCUAUGAUGAAAAUUACAGGCCUCUCUCAUCUUUUUAAGUGGGAGAACAUGCAAAAUUGGUGGCUGACUAAAUACUUUUUUCCCCCACUGUAUUGGACCACUAAAAAAUACACAUUUUACAUUACUGUGUACAAUGGUCUAAUGGUGAAGUAGACAUACUCAGUAUUCAUAUCCAGAAAUAAAUUAUUAAAUAUUAAAGCAUUCGACAUCCCACAAAAUCUUCAGUCAUACAAAAGCUAUACUUAAAUCCAAACUGGUUCUCUAGCAGAUUAGAAUGAAUGGCUCACCCCGGUUUCAAGAAUGGCCUUUUCCCCCAUUAUUCAGAUUACAACCUCUCAUUUUCGGUUAUUUGAAAAUGAAAUAAUCUCCAAACUAUAUAUAUAUUAUUAAAACAAGCCAUAAACAGUUGGUUGCAAUAUCAGUGUAAUCCCCCAGAAAAGACAGAAUAAAUAUUACAACAAAUAUUAUGGUUAAACUCAAAUAUACAGUUGAAGUCAGAGGUUUACAUACAUCUUAGCCAAAUACAUUUAAACUCAGUUUUUCACAAUUCCUGACAUUUAAUCCUAGUAAAGAUUCCCUGUUUUAGGUCAGUUAGGAUCACCACUUUAUUUUAAGAAUGUGAAAUGUCAGAAUAAUAGUAGAGAGAAUUAUUUAUUUCAGCUUUUAUUUCUUUCAUCACAUUCCCAGUGGGUCAGACGUUUACAUACACUCAAUUAGUAUUUGGUAGCAUUGCCUUUAAAUUGUUUAACUUGGGUCAAAUGUUUUGGGUAGCCUUCCACAAGCUUCCCACAAUAAGUUGGGUGAAUUUUGGCCCAUUCCUCCUGACAGAGCUGGUGUAACUGGGUCAGGUUUGUAGGCCUCCUUGUUCGCACACGCUUUUUCAGUUCUGCCCACAAAUUUCCUAUAGGAUUGAGAUCAGGGCUUUGUGAUGGCCACUCCAAUACCUUGACUUUGUUGUCCUUAAGCCAUUUUGCCACAACUUUGGAAGUAUACUUGGGGUCAUUGUCCAUUUGGAAGACCCAUUUGCGACCAAGCUUUAUCUUCCUGACUGAUGUCUUGAGAUGUUGCUUCAAUUUAUCCACAUCAUUUUCAUUCCUCAUGAUGACAUCUAUUUUGUGAAGUGCACCAGUCCCUCCUGCAGCAAAGCACCCCCACAGCAUGAUGCUGCCACCCCCGUGCUUCACGGUUGGGAUGGUGUUCUCCGGCUUGCAAGCAACCCCCUUUUUCCUCCAAACAUAACGAUGGUCAUUAUGGCCAAACAGUUCUAUUUUUGUUUCAUCAGACCAGAGGACAUUUCUCCAAAAAGUACGAUCUUUGUCCCCAUAUGCAGUUGCAAACCGUAGUCUGGCUUCUUUAUGGCGGUUUUGGAGCAGUGGCUUCUUCCUUGCUGAGCGGCCUUUCAGGUUAUGACGAUAUGGGACUCGUUUUACUGUGGAUAUAGAUACUUUUGUACCUGUUUCCUCCAGCAUCUUCACAAAGUCCUUUACUGUUGUUCUCGGAUUGAUUUGCACUUUUCGCACCAAAGUACGUUUACUUCUAAGAGACAGAAAACGUCUCCUUCCUGAGCGGUAUGACGGCUGCGUGGUCCCAUUGUGUUUAUCCUUGCGUACUAUUGUUUGUACAGAUGAACGUGGUACCUCCAGGCGUUUGGAAAUUGCUCCCAAGGAUGAGCCAGACUUGAGGAGGUCUACAUUUUUUUUCUGAGGUCUUGGCUGAUUUCUUUUGAUUUUCCGAUGAUGUCAAGCAAAGAGGCACUGAGUUUGAAAGUAGGCCUUGAAAUACAUCCACAGGUACACCUCCAAUUGACUCAAAUGAUGUCAAUUAGCCUAUCAGAAGCUUCUAAAGUCAUGACAUAAUUUUCUGGAAUUUUCCAAGCUGUUUAAAGUGUGACAAGUUAACUUAGUGUAUGUAAACUUCUGACACACUGGAAUUGUGAUACAGUGAAUUAUAAGUGAAAUAAUCUGUCUGUAAACAAUUGUUGGAAAAAUUACUUGUGUCAUGCACAAAGUAGAUGUCCUAACUGACUUGCCAAAACUAUAGUUUGUUAACAAGAAAUUUGUGGAGUGGUUGAAAAACAAGUUUUAAUGACUCCAACCUAAGUGUAUGUAAACUGGUCCUCUGUAGCUCAGCUGGUAGAGCACGGCGCUUGUAACGCUAAGGUAGUGGGUUCGAUCCCCGGGACCACCCAUACACAAAAAAAUAAAAUAAUGUAUGCACGCAUGACUGUAAGUCGCUUUGGAUAAAAGCGUCUGCUAAAUGGCAUAUUAUUAUUAUAAACUUCCGACUUCAACUGUACUAAUUGAUUUUAAAAAACAGUAUUUUUGGUAAACAUGUUUUAAAUCGGGAUUAUCUUUGUAAAUUAUAUCAUAAAUCGGACUGGUGGAGUUAUCUCACACAUGCAGCUAGCAAAAAUAUAUGGAAAUGUCUGCUCUAUCCAAAAUUACAACCAACUAAUUGCAGCAUUACCGCAAAAAUGGAAGAGACAAGUGGAAGGGGGAGAAAGUAAGAAACUUGUCUGUUGGCCCUGUAUUAAAUACCAAAAUUGGUUAAAGAAAAUUGUGAUAAAUAAAAAAGUAUACCAGUUUAAUUAAAGGACCAAAAAAUGGACAGCUGUGCCAUACAGAUUGCAAAACAGUUGGGAGGAGAUUUUCAAUGUACCAAUUCCAUGGCACAUGGUUUAUGAAGUAUGAAAAAUUUAUGCACUGACUAAGAGUGUCUGCUCUGGAUAAGAGUGUCUGCUCAAUGACUAAAAUGUCAAAUGUAAUGAACUGAUACACAAAAUGACGCCGGAUUCAAAACGUAUAAUUUUUCAAUUUAAAUUAUUAUUCAAAAUUCUUGCAACCAAUAGAAUAUUAUAUAUAUAUAUAUAUAUAUAUAUAUAUAUAUAUAUAUAUAUAUAUAUAUAUAUAUGGGGAUACAACCACCCCAGCUCAGCAGAUUUUGCUGCAAAGAGACAGAAUCAAUAGAUCAUUUGUUUUGGUACUGUCCAUAUUGCAACAUUUACCUGGAGCUAACUCUGCAAAUAGCACUGCUAGUCACUCGAUCAAUAAUAUAAUAAUACUCUUAGCAAAAAUGUUUAUCUUUAAUUUACAAUCUUUAGAAACUAUGAGAAUAGUAAGGUUCAGAACUUUUGUGAAUCAUCACAGCACAGUUGAAAAAUAUAUGGCAAAUAGAAAUCAAAACUGGAUGAUCUUCAGAGAUAGAUAUGAGGGGUUGAGGGUAGCUGAAGGAUGGGACUAAAAACAAACAAAAUAUAACUAUUUUUUAUUUAUUUUUUUAUAAGCUGGAAGUAGAAGUCUAACUGUUGUUGUCCAUUAGUUUGCUCCAAUAGGGGAGGAGGAUGGGAGGGUUAGGGGACGCACCUUUGUUGAAGCACCGUUGGCAGCGAUUACAGCCUCGAGUCUUCUUGGGUAUGAUGCUACAAGCUUGGCACACCUGUUGCCAAUUGGAUGGAAACAGAGCUAGUGUGUAUCAAUGUAUAUCCAUUUAUUCAUCCCUCCCCCCACCACCCCUCCCCCUCGCCAGGUGUGUCGUGAGUACCAGCGGGGUAACUGCUCCCGGGGGGAGAACGACUGCCGCUUCUCCCACCCCUCCGACAGCACCAUGAUUGACACCAACGACAACACGGUCACCGUGUGUAUGGACUACAUCAAGGGCCGCUGCUCCAGGGAGAAGUGCAAGUACUUCCACCCUCCAGCCCACCUGCAGGCCAAGAUCAAGGCUGCACAGCAUCAGGUGAACCAGGCCACUGCCGCCGCAGCCAUGGUGAGUAGUCCACCAUCUUGGAUCCUCUAGGAAAAAGUCGCAUAGUAGGAAUGAGGAAAUACACACAGUAGGAUGAAGCUGCCCGUAGACACGCAUCUAAGGUCAGUUAUGUGUUUUGACGUUGCAAUGGAUAUGGUUAGGAUUUGGGGAGGGUAAGCAGAGAAAUUGAUCUUAGAUCUGUGCCUACAGGUAACGUCUCUAUUAUAUUAUAUGGCUCAGUCCUUUUCUCUGCCUGAUGGCGUUUAGCUGAUCUGACUGAUCGUAUCUGUAUCUACAUCCUCUGUCUCAAUGUGUGCUUCCCCUGCAUAGGUUCCUCUUGACAUUCAAUGCAUUCAAUGUGCUUACCUGACUGCAGUCUAAGUCUAAUAUAACAAUGGUCAUUCCUCUCUAGCUGAACAUCCACAGCUAAACUAGCACUGUAACACUUGUCUAUUGUUCUUAGUAUUUGCCAUGCUUUGUAUGAAGAACAAAAAACUAACGUUGUGGUGUAUAAUCAUUGUAAUGUGACACAGUGUAUUGCUAUUUGAUCGUUUAACUUGUCACACUUUAAACAUUCUAUAGCUCAUAUUUCUUAAUAAAGGCUUCAUAAAACCUUUAUAAGGCCUGCAUAGAUGCUUCAUAAUAAUUUAUAAGCAAAUGUCACGCUAUAUAAAGGUGAUAUAACAGGUCCUUACAUCUGGUGCUAUGCCAGAUGUCGUAUAAACCCUAUACUACCCUUCAUAAAGUAUGACAUUUGCUUAUAAAUGAUUAAUCAAGCAUUUAUGUAGACCUUAUAAAAGGUUUAUGAAUGCUUCAUAAGUUAUAGUUUGUAUAAAUUGUGAUCAUAUCACUCAAUGCCCAGUGUUUUGAAGUAAUGACAGUGAACAAUCCAUUUUAUUAUAGUUGACAUCUUUUCACAGUAUUUGAUUUAGCUAGACCAUUAUUGAACUCAUAACCAUGUACUGUACUGUAGCUCUCAGCCAUAGUACUGUAGUGUGUACACACUGUGCAUGCCCUAGUCCUGUUAUCCCCUUGUAUACUGCAUUCCAAUGAUUUGUUUUUUUAUUUGUUUUUUUUUCUCACCUACCCAAACUGCACUGCUGCCCCCAUGAUGCACCUCUGCUUGCUGGUUUAUGUUAAUGCGCUUGAACCCCAUUUGGCCCAUUGCCAUCAUGUGCUCGCUGCCUGCUAAUUAAGACUCAGUCGGCUGUCAAAUCACUGAAGCGACCCCUCGACGCAACCUUUGACCUGGUACUAUGACCUUUCACCUUUUAGCUUGGCAUGUGGCUUUGUUGUCGUAGUGCAAUGUCUUAACCCAGAUAUAGCUACUUUAAUUACUGUUUGUUAUCGCAAUGUGUUUUCUUUCCUCCUGUUGCUAUAUGUGUCAUUUUUGCCUGUGAUAAACUGAUUGUGGCUUCCUUCCCGGCUUUGACUGAAUUGACCAUCUCCACCAUGUUUGCGAUACAAACCUGCUUCCCAAACAAACAUCAAUUCGACAUGGGAAUCUCUAAAAAGGGCCACAAUCAAUUAAUCACCUAUAGCUUAUGUUAACAGUAGGAGAGGGUUGGGGACAGUUUAGUUUUUAACAGUAAAAAGGUGGCAUGGCUCUAGCUUAUGUACAAUGUGUUGUAAAUCAGUAGCAUGUAUGUACAGUUAAUAUGCAUGUAUUUGUUCCUAGUGCAUAUCUGAUUGAGUAGGAUGGGAUUAAAGUCAUAUUGCAGUGAUCCAUUCCCUCCCGAGUUAAUAAGAUUGCUCAUAAUACAGUUGAUCAUGGCGCAAGCAGUGCAGCCCCCUCUCUCUCUCUUUGCUUCCUAUCUCUUCCUCUUCUUAGCUGCCUUAUUGUUUUAUUAAUAGAGCAAUGCUUGCUUUAGUGGCAUUAAGUCAGCCUUAGGUGUAUUUAUACGGUAUAUCCUCCAUAUUAAGCUUAGAAACUGAUUUUAUCAUGGAUAUGAAUGCUUUAUAGAGUAUGUAGCUCCAGUUAACACCAUGCUCUUGCUUGUGUAGUAAUUAUGUAGACUGCUGCUUGCUUGCUGGUGUUACACACGGUUACACGUUGUUGUUGUGAUGUUCUUUUAUCCUCUAACUUAACGACAAUUCUCUUUUUUGUUUUCUUUCCCGUUUUUACCUCCAACACACCCUCUCUCUCACGCCUCCCUCACGCACCUCUUUCUCUCUCAUUCUCUCUCUUGUUUGUUUCUCCUCUCUCUCUCUCUCUCUCUCUCUCUCUCUCUCUCUCUCUCUCUCUCUCUCUCUCUCUCUCUCUCUCUCUCUCUCUCUCUCUCUCUCUCUCUCCGUCCCUCUUUCCCUCCCUCCAUUGGGGCUGGGCAGGGGAUCCCCCAUAGUGUCAUGCCACCCAUGCCCAAGCGGGCAGCCCUGGAGAAGCCUAAUGGGGCUUCUGCCAUGUUCAACACGGGCAUGCUCCAGUACCAACACGCCCUGGCCAACAUGCAGUUUCAGCAGCAGGCUGCCUUCCUCCCCUCAGGUAUGGCUCCCAGGGCUCCUACGCUGUUUCAUAUGGUCUCUUUCAUACUUAGAACUAGAACGAGUAGACCUGCCUGGACAUUGAAGGUAGUUAAAGCUCAGCCAUAGAGUUACAAUACAUAGAAGGUGAACAGUGCAAACAAUGUUAUAACAAUGUUAAAGGCUCCACGCCGCCAUCUAAAUCUCAAAGUGGUGAAGGUGUUCAGGCAAUGUAAUGGUAAUGUGCUUUGGUCUGGGUUGGGGGCUGUGUAUUUUGUCGGAUGGAGACUGCAUUGGGAAGUUUUGUUCUUUCUGACCCCAUGCGUCUGUUUGGCAACAUAAUAUAUGUCCUGCUUCCAUAUUCAACGCCUACCCUUUUUCGAUUCUGUCUUGAGCGUGUGUGUAUGCUAUGUGUCACUAUUAUGAAUAUUAUAAUGACUUUUACUAUUACUAUUUCUAUUAAUUGAUUGAUGAUUGCUAUUACUAUUAUUAUCACUGUUUAUUGCACAUUAAUAUCCAUGACACCUCAGAAAAAAGUGCCUGUUUUUUAUCUGAUCUGUAUUGACUCUCUGCCUGAUUCUCCUUAUUGGCUAGUUUGGUCUAGUUUGGUCAGCACCAGGGUUGGGGUCAAUUCCAUUUAAAUUCCAGUCAAUUUAGGAAGUACACUGAAAUUCCAAUUCCAAUUCCCUUCUAUGGUUUUCAAUGACAAACGUGUUGAAUUGGAAUUGGAAUUAGGUUUACAUUCUGAAUUGACUGGAAUUUGAAUGGAAUUGACCCCAACCCUGGUCAGCACGCCGGUAUUUCCACUGAUGACCACUUACUGUGUUACUGAAUGCUGUCUAGUUAAUUAAUUAACCUGAUCUCUUCCUUCAUUCUAACGAACCUUGUGACGGGCUGUUUUGAUUUCUCUCCCCCUUUUCCAAUCCACUUCCUGUUGCACACUUCCUGUUGCACUGCAUGAUGUGCAUUUGGGCAGGCUCAAUAUUCUGCAUGACCCCCACCGCCGGUAGGUUCCAGCUUUCCUUCUCCACCAAUUAGCUUUCAGCCUUGCAAGUGACGUCAAUUUAUCUAACCAUCACAUCUGAGGGAACCCAUAUCAUUUUAUAGCAUGAUUCCCAAUUUGUUUGUGCUGUCUAGUCAACUACUAGGGUCAUUGUCACGAGAGUGACCAUAGGAGUUGGCAAGACAGCAGCACUCAAUAACCAUAGGAGUUGGCAAGACAGCAGCACUCAAUAACCAUAGGAGUUGGCAAGACAGCAGCACUCAAUAACCAUAGGAGUUGGCAAGACAGCAGCACUCAAUGACAAAUUGAGUUGGCAAGACAGCAGCACUCAAUAACCAUAGGAGUUAGCAAGACAGUACAAACAGAUCUGGGAUCAGGCUAAUAGUUUUCAUUUCCCUCCAUUCAAUAAUCAUCAAUAUGGUCAUAUCUACAUGUAGUUGGAUCUGCCUUUGCUUUGACAGAGUCACAGGGUUGGUUGUGGCAUAUAAUAUCUACUCAUUUGCACAUUUCCUUUGUAAAAAGAUGGCAAUAAUACUGUGUUUAGUCAUAACUAUAAAUUGUAAUACUGGAGAUAUACACUGGGUGUGAAAAACAUUAGGAACCUCAAUUCGUCGGCACACGGACUACAAGGUGUCGAAAGCUUUCCACAGGGAUGCUGGCCCAUGUUGACUCCAAUGCUUCUCACAGUUGUGUCAAGUUGGCUGGAUGUCCUUUGGGUGGUGGUGGACCAUUCUUGAUACACACAGGAAACUGUUGAGCAUUAAAAAGCCUGCAACGUUGCAGUUCUUAACACUCAAAUUGGUGCGCCUGGCACCUACUACCAUACCCCGUUCAAAAGCAUAUUUUGUCUUGCCCAUUCACCCUCUGAAUGGCACACAUACACAAUCCAUGUCUCAAUUGUCUCAAGGCUUAAAAAUCCUUCUUUAACCUGUCUCCUCCCCUUCAUCUACACUGAUUGAAGUGGAUUUAACAGGUGACAUCAAUAAGGGAUCAUACAGUAGCUUUCACCUGGAUUGACCUGGUCAGUCUAUGUCAUGGCAAGAGCAGGUGUUCCUAAUGUUUUGUGCACUCAGUGUAUGUUUUAAUGUAAGUUUUAUUCUGUUUCAGGUGUACUACCAAACAUGUUACUUUAGACUCUAUACCGCUUUUGUCUGGUAUAACCUCAAUAUGCCAUCCACAGAUGUACCAAUCUGAAAACCUAUCCCCUUUACACCCAUGGCUGGAUUCCAAUCAGUUAACUCGCUCCCUUCUCCUGUGCCUCGUGUCUUUCCCUUCUCAGAUCAGAAAGGACUGGAGGUGUUUAAGCAAUAUGGUUACUGCCACCCCAACCUUCUUCUAGGCUAGGUGUUUUCUGCAUCAUAUUGCUUACACGUAUCCAAUCCUCUCAGAUCUUCAAGUAUGUAUCAUCGAGGGCAGAGAGAAAGGGAGUGAGUUAUUGAAUUAGAAUCAUGCCCUUGCCCCCCUGCCCCCCUGCCCCCCUUCCCCCUCACCUGUCCCUCACGUUUGCCUCGUGCCCAAUUGGACACACUCUACUCCUCUUCUAUGGGUUUUUGCUUAUCUGAUUUUCCCUUUUGACAAAAGUACCUAUGAUGCACGGUGGUGCGCAAGCGUCUGCAGCCACCACAUCUGCCACAAGCGUUCCCUUCGCAACCGCCUCAGCCAAUCAGGUUUGCUCCUCUACUGCCCUCUACUGCCCUCUACUGCCCUCUACUGCUCUCUCUCUCUCUCUCUCUCUCUCUCUCUCUCUCUCUCUCUCUCUCUCUCUCUCUCUCUCUCUCUCUCUCUCUCUCUCUCUCUCUCUCUCUCUCUCUCUCUCUCUCUCUCUCUCUCUCUCUCUCUCUCUCUCUCUCUCUCUCUCUCUCUCUCUCUCUCUCUCUCUCUCUCUCUCAUAUAUACAGUACCAGUCAAAAGUUUGGACACACCUACUCAUUCCAGGGUUUUUCUUUAUUAUUUUUUUACUAUUUUCUACAUUGUAGAACAAUAAGGAAGACAUCAAAACUAUGAAAUAACACAUAUGGAAUCAUGUACUAACAAAAAAAGUGUUAAACAAAUCAAAAUAUAUUUUAUAUUUGAGAUUCUUCAAAGUAGCCACCCUUUGCCUUGAUGACAGCUUUGCACACUCUUAGCAUUCUCUCAACCAGCUUCAUGAGGUAGUCACCUGGAAUUCAUUUAAAUUAACAGGUGUGCCUUGUUAAAAGUUAAUUUGUGGAAUUUAUUUCCUUCUUAAUGCGUUUGAGCCAAUCAGUUGUGUUGUGACAAGGUAGGGGUGGUAUACAGAAGAUAGCCCUAUUUGGUAAAAGACCAGCUCAAAUAAGCAAAGAGAAAUGACAGUCCAUCAUUACUUUAAGACAUGAAGAUCAGUCAAUAUGGAAAAUGUCAAGAACUUCAAGUGCAGUCGCAAAAAACAUCAAGCGCUAUAAUGAAACUGGCUCUCAUGAGGACCGCCACAGGAAUGGAAGACCCAGAGUUACCUCUGCUGCAGAGGAUAAGUUCAUUAGAGUUACCAGCCUCAGAUUGCAGCCCAAAUAAAUGCUUCACAGAGUUCAAGUAACAGACACAUCUCAACAUCAACUGUUCAGAGGAGUCUGCAUUAAUCAGGCCUUCAUGGUCAAAUUGCUGCAAAGAAACCACUACUAAAGGACACCAAUAAGAAGAAGAGACUUACUUUGGCCAAGAAACACGAGCAAUGGACAUUAGACCGGUGGAAAUCUGUCCUUUGGUCUGAUUUGAGAUUUUUGGUUCCAACCGCCAUGUCGUUGUGAGACACAGAGUAGGUGAACGGAUGAUCUGUGCAUGUGUGGUUCCCACCGUGAAGCACAGAGGAGGAGGUGUGAUGGUGUGGGGGUGCUUUGCUGGUGACACUGUCUGUGAUUUAUUUAGAAUUCAAGGCACACUUAAUCAGCAUGGCUACCACAGCAUUCUGCAGCGAUACCCCGUCCCAUCUGGUUUGCGGUUAGUGGGACUAUCAUUUGUUUUUCAACAGGACAAUGACCCAACACACCUCCAGGCUGUGUAAGGGCUAUUGGACCAAGAAGGAGAGUGAUGGAGUGCUGCAUCAGAUGACCUGGUCUCCACAAUCACCCAAACCUCAACCCAAUUGAGAUGGUUUGGGAUGAGUUGGACUGCAGAGUGAAGGAAAAGCAGCCAACAAGUGCUCAACAUAUGUGGGAACUCCUUCAAGACUGUUGGAAAAGCUGAUUGAGAGAAUGCCAAGAGUGUGCGAAGCCGUCAUCAAGGCAAAGGGUGGCUACUUUGAAGAAUAUAAAAUAUAAAAUAUAUUUUGAUUUGUUUAACACCUUUUUGGUUACUACAUGAUUCCAUAUGUGUUAUUUCGUAGUUUUGAUCUCUUCACUAUUAUUCUACAAUGUAGAAAAUAGUACAAAUAAAGAAAAACCCUAGAAUGAGUAAGUGUGUCCAUACUUUUGACUGGUACUGUGUACAUAUAUAUAUAUAUACAUAUAUAUAUAUAUAUAUAUAUAUAUAUAUAUAUAUAUAUAUAUAUAUAUAUAUAUAUAUAUAUAUAUAUAUAUAUAUAUAUAUAUCUGCUUUUCACUCACAGUGCACAUGGAGGUUCUGUAGGUGCUUCUCUGUCUGCUAGGGAUGGGUUGGGAGACAGAGUCUCCCUCUUGUUGGCCUCACUGGUUGUUGAGUAUUAGAUUUAACCAUUUAACGAAAGGUUAUAAGAACAGUACAUCUAUGUAUCAUGUUAAUGGUCAACUUUCAAUGUAGUUAUUAAACAAGUUAUAUAUGUCAUUAACUUGUCAUUCUGGGGAGACAUUUACUAUAUGUCGUUGAUGUUUGACGUAAUUUUAACCUUGAUUUUUGUCCUUUCUCAUUUUGAGGACUCUUCCUUAUCAAAGUUGACUACCAACGAAUACAUGCAAUUGGUAUGUAUGAGGUAGUUUUCCUUAUUUUUGUCAAGCGUUUUGCGCAGUAGGUGCAGCAGUUGCUAUCUGGGCCAUUUGGUGCUCGGCUUAUGUUUUUUCUGCUGCUGCUUACGUAGGGUAUAGCUGUGCUACAUUCAGUCAAUGCUAUUACAGUGUCCGAGGACUCUGCUGCUUACAUUCUUAGGCCCUUGAGUGAGGAGAAUACAGUGGGGUCAGAAAUUAUUGACACCCUUGAUAAAGAUGUCAAAGAGCUCUAUUUUCAUGUCAUCUGACCAAAGCACCGGUUCCAAUCCAAGUGCCAAUGCCGUUUAGCAAACUCCAGGCCUUUACAUUGGACAUGAAAAUAGAGCUCAAUGGCCACGCACACCACUGGUGGGUUUGGCGUUGAAAUUAGAAUGCAUGAGCAGAAAAGAACCCCAUACCUACUGUAAAAUAUGGUGGUAGAUCUUUGAUGUUAUGGGGGUAUUUUGUUUCCACUGGUCCUGGGGCCCUUGUUAAGGUCAACGGCAUCAUGAACUUUACCAAGUACCAGGAUAUUUUAGCCAAAAACCUGGAUGCCUCUGCCAGGAGGCUGAAACUUGGCUCUUCUAGCAAGACAAUAACCCCAAGCACACAUCAAAAUCCACAUUUUGCAAUUGCCAUCUCAGUCUCCGGACUUGAAACCCAUUGAAAACCUGUGGUUUGAAUUGAAUAGGGCAGUCCAUAAACGCAGGCAAAUUAUAUCAAGGAUCUGAUGGAGGAUUCUGUAUUGAAGAAUGUUCUAAGAUCCCUCCCAAUGUGUUCUUCAACAUUUUAGAAAAAAAACUCAGUGUCGUUAUCAUCUCAAGGUGAGGUGUUGAAAGGUAUUGAAAACAGGGUUGUCAAUAAUUUUGACCCCUACCUAUUUUUUAUUACUUGUUAAACAAAAUCUCUUUCUCUGAGCAAUUUUAUAAGUAUAAAAUAAUAUAAUUACCCCCCCAAAAAUUAUACAAUAUAGCUCAGUAUUUCAAUUAUUUAUUUUAUACAACAAUUUUUGCUCAUCUUUAUCAAGGGUGUCAAUAAUUUCGGACCCUACUGUAUGUGGUCAAAUAGGACAAGGGAAAGAAUACAUGUACAUAGUGAAAUAUAAGCAUAUUUUUACCUAUAAUGUAAUGGGAGUGCAACAACCCUUAAAGUUAAAUACAUUAGUUGAAACUUUAUUAUCCCAAGGGGAAAAAAAUUAUGCUUAACUAACUGCACAUCAUUUUUGUAGUGCCCAAAUGUUUUAAAAGUAUUUUCUAAAGAGGAACCGGUUCAAGGAACAGAAUCAGAACCGGGAACGAAAGUGAUCUAUACUGUUCCGGAACAAAACCGUUAUUUUAAAAGCAUGGGAACCGGUUAAUAACAUUAUGUUACGUUCCAGGAAUAAUUUUCAGUCACACAAAAAAACGCUAUGCAAAGCCCUCACUCUGUCACUCAGAAACUUAUUCCAGUGUCUGCCUGCCAGCUGAAAAUAUUUGCCAGUGUGUGUGCAUGUAGGCAACCUGCCCCUCCCCCUCCGAAGCUUAGGCUACUGUAGCCUACUGACAUUACAAGCGUGAUUCAGAAAUUAAGGAGAGAUUUUUUAUUAGAGAAAAAUGUAUUAACUUUUUCAAUACUAUAGUUAUUACGUUUCACAUUGGAUUUAUUAACUAUAAAAAGGUAUAAAAGACGUGUUUUUAAUUCUGGUGCCACUCUGCACACACAAGCUUGUUAGCUAGAUAACUAGCUAGCUCUGGUCCAACGUUAAGACAACUCUCGGAAGUUCAAAGACAUUCAAAGAUUUUCCAUAGAAGCCGCUCUUCCGUAGGUAUAGUUCUGUGAUCCUAAUUCAGAUAAUGCAUGUCAUAACAAUAUGCCCAGAGCUUCAAGCCAAGCCUUCUCCUCCACCCUGUCUCGCUCUCUCCCCACCUGCAAAAUUUAAGUCGCAUCUCGCGCCCUACACUUGUCUGUCCAUCGUGGAUGUAAACAACUAUAGCUUGCCUGCUCCAUACUGCUCUAUCCUCAUUUAAUUUAAUGUAAAAAAAAACAAUUUCAGAGGUUUAAAAAGGAACAGAAAGGAACUAUAUAAACUGGUAAUUUUUUUAGGUUCGAACCGGUUCAGAACUUUAUUUUGCAGGUUGGAAAUAAUACAAUUACGAAACAAUUGGAAAAUAAUUUCAGUUCCAACCCCUGGGUGCAGGUCAACAAGCUGGAGGACUUGAGUUUGCAUGGGGAGACACCUCACUAGUGACUGACAUUUUCUUUCCUUCCUCCCACCCCCUUCCUCUACCCUCCCCUUGCUAACCCUUCCAAAAAUUGCACUUGACCGUUGAUUAGCAGGUUUCAGUGAUCCUAUAAAAUGCUUUGUUUUAUCUAUGCAACAUUGUAACCACAUUCUGUCAAAUCUUCAUCUCCUUUUCAGUAAAGAACUCAGAAAUGUGGUUAAAACUGCUGAUGUGUGGUAGUGAGGCUAGUGUAUGUCCGAUGAUAUGCGUAAGAUGUUUGAUGUGUUUGAUUUCUCUGCUCUGUCUCCAUCCCCAGAUUCCAAUAAUUUCUGCCGAUCAUCUGAGUAGUCACAAGUAUCUGACUCAAAUGUAGUUCGAGUCAAGAACAGUGAGUUUCUAUUUCUUUACAGUAUGUUUCACUUCCAGCCACACCAAGAAUAUCUGAGUGCAACUAGUGCAUUUGUUGUAUUUUUAGACAUUUAAAAGGGGAAUUGGCAAUCAUACAUUUUUGGAAAUGAAUAUAUACUAAUUGAUUCUUGAAGAAUAUAACUUAUAGAUGCCUCAUGAGCUUAGUUUAACUCUUGUACCCCAUCAGAACCCAAAAUAUAAGCUUGUUUUACUCAAAUGUUUGUAAACAAUGUAAAUGCAAACAUUGAAUUAAUUUGUAUUUGUUUGGGUAAAAACAUUAGACAGCAAGAUGUACAUUGUAUUCCCAGAGGAUAGUACUUGAAAGUAUUAAUUGAAACACUUGUUUCCAAAGAGGUCCUCGAUGGUAAUAACAUAAACAAACACUGUAUAGCCUCAAAAAAAUGUUGAUGUCAUGGAUGGUCAGUCCUUACAUCCAGAGCUCUGUCUAUGAAUUUGAGAGUGGUUACAUUUCUCUAGCCACAUCUUUCAGCUUUUUACCAAAGCAGUGGCAGGGUGGCCGCAAGGUUAUUGAUUGAACUGCAGAUUGCCGAAUUAAGAAACCUUUCAGCGAACAAAAAUAAGAUCCUGGAAGAUGAGCUACAUUUGAAAAUAACUUUUAGAACUUUUUUUUAAAUGUAAUUCCUCGUCUCUUGUUUUGCAGAUCAAAUGACUGUGUGCUGGCACUGUACAAGCCUAAAGAGUUCAGCCUUUAUGUAUAUAAUGUUCAGAAUGUCAAGCAAUGGACAGGAGGAGCAUCGGUCAUCAUCUCUCAGUCUCUCCGUAAUGCUGUUCUUGUCACACAUGCCAACAUCGGUGUGCCCAGUCGAUGCCAUGACACACACAUACACACACACACCUCCUUGUCCUCCAAGUCAACACCCAGCUGAGAAGAUGAGUGUCUGUCUAUCCAUGCUGACAGACAGACACUGAGUACAUUCACAAUACACCUGUGUGUUCAAACACAAAAACCAUGGCACUCAAAUUCAAAUAUUUUAUUUUGCACACACGAGGCUGAGAGCGAGGUGUUGUGGCGUCUAACGUACAGAAUACCGCGUUGGUACGUCGGUAGACCAAAACAUAAUUUUUUAUUUGCUUUGUUUUGGUUUUAAAAUAAUAGAUUUGUUUUCAUGGUUACAAAAAAAUUGCAAACGUGCACCUUGAAUUUGAAUUGAAAUCAGAAAGGCACAACACAUAUUUAGCAUGUACAGUAUUCUGUUUUUAAUAAGGCUUCUAGUGAAGCUAGAUUAUAAAAUGAGGGUCAGGGACAUAUGAAUGUUCUGGGUAAGAAACACACCUGUGUACCUUUGAAAGCACAGCCAUGCUAGCUUUAACCACCUAAUGUGUGCCAUAGAGGCCAUCCCAAACCAGAGUGUUAUUUCAGCAGUGUUAUUCUGUUUACCUAAGAUAUGUGUUUUUAUGGCUCGAGUUUUGUUUUUUACAUAAUUUCUCCAUUGUGUAUUUUCUUUAUAUAUAUAUUGUGCCAUUACAUUUUUGGUUGAUAUUAGGAAUGGGUUCCUCUCCAGCCUUUGAUCUCUGUUGCAAUUAUUAUUAUUUUUAAUAGAGGUGCCUUCUCUCUUUUUAUCAAUGUGGUUUUGUUUUGCCUUUCUGUUUUUGCUUUAUUGUUGUAUUUAUCAGAUGGGGUGAUGUAUGACUUGGAGCUCAUAGUGACUGGGGGAGUU